AUGAGUCAUAAGAGAAGUUAUAAUGUCACAUCGGGUGGAGGAAUAGUAAAUAUAGGUGAUGCUGAAGAGGAUGAUAUCUUGCAGAUCAUGCCAAUAGGAUCGGGUAGUGAAGUAGGUAGAUCAUGUGUACUACUCAAAUAUAAAGGAAAGACUAUCAUGUUUGAUUGUGGUGUACAUCCUGCUUACUCUGGUCUAUCUAGUUUACCUUUCUUUGAUUCUAUUGAACUUUAUUGUAAUAUAGAUGAUAUCGAUUUAUUGUUGGUUAGUCAUUUUCAUUUAGAUCAUGCAGCAGCAGUACCAUACUUUGUUCAAAAGACAGAUUUCAAAGGAAAGGUAUAUAUGACACAUCCAACCAAGAAGAUUUACAAGGUAUUGCUUUCGGAUUAUGUCAAAGUUAGUAAUAUAUCAGUGGCAGAGGAUAUGCCAUUCGAUGAACAAGAUUUAAAUGCAAGUCUUCCCAAGAUUGAACAUAUCAACUAUCAUCAAAAGAUUGAACACAAUGGUAUCAAAUUCUGUUGUUACAAUGCAGGUCAUGUGUUGGGUGCAGCCAUGUUUAUGGUUGAAAUUGCCGGUGUACGUAUUCUGUAUACCGGUGAUUUCUCGAGACAAGAAGAUCGUCAUUUGAUGGGUGCAGAGUCACCUCCUGUCGAUGUAGAUGUACUCAUUAUCGAGAGUACCUAUGGUGUGCAGGUACAUGAGCCUCGUCUCGAAAGAGAACGUCGUUUUACAACCUCGAUUCAUGAAAUUGUUCGUCGUGGUGGUCGUUGUCUCAUUCCUGUAUUUGCUUUGGGUCGUGCUCAAGAAUUACUUUUAAUUCUCGAUGAGUAUUGGAUAGCUCAUCCUGAACUACAUGGUAUUCCAAUUUAUUAUGCUAGUGCACUUGCUAAAAAGUGUAUGAAGGUUUAUCAAACCUAUAUUCAAAUGAUGAAUGAAAGAAUUAGAGCACAAUUUGCAGUAUCAAAUCCAUUUAUAUUUAAACAUAUUAAAGAUAUUAAUGGUAUUGAUAAUUUUAAUGAUAAUGGACCAUGUGUAUUUAUGGCAAGUCCUGGUAUGUUGCAAAGUGGUUUAUCACGUCAAUUGUUUGAGAGAUGGUGUAGUGAUCGUAGAAAUGGUGUGGUCAUUCCAGGUUACUCUGUCGAAGGUACAUUGGCCAAACAUAUCAUGUCUGAACCGAGUGAGAUUACUCGUUUGGAUGGUAUCAAUGUACCGUUGAAUCUGUCGGUCACUUAUGUAUCGUUUUCUGCUCACUCUGAUUUCCUUCAGACCAGUGAGUUUAUCCAAGACAUUCAUCCUCCACACAUUGUAUUGGUGCAUGGUGAUGCCAAUGAAAUGUCUCGUCUCAAACACUCGCUCGUCUCCAAAUUCAAGACCGUCAAUGUCAUGACACCAAAGAAUUCAAUGAGUGUUCGUAUGGUAUUCAAGCCACAAAAGGUGGCCAAAAUCGUUGGUGAAAUGGCCAACUCUGCACCUGCCAAUGGUACAUCUGUCCAAGGUCUUUUGGUCAUCAAAGACUUCACUCACACUAUCAUGGCACCUGGUGAUCUUCAAAAUUUCACAAAUCUCAAAACAAACAUUAUCAAACAAAAAAUGACUAUUCCCUUUGCCCAAAAUUAUUUAUUAUUAAAAAGUACAAUUCAACAAUUAUAUGAUGAUGUAAAAGAACAAGAAUCAAUUAAUAAUAAUAAUAAUAAUAAUAAUCCAAUUUUAAAGAUUUAUAAUUCAAUUAUAAUUACAUUAUUUGCACCAACUCAUGUUAUUAUUGAAUGGGAAUCAAAUCCAGUUAAUGAUAUGAUUUCAGAUUCAGUUAUAGCUUUAAUUUCACAAAUUGAAACCAACCCAUUUAGUUUAAGAGUUGGUGAAAUGAACAACAACAACAACAACAACAACAACAAUGGCGAUACUGAACCAAUCAAUAAUGGAAAUGGUCAAACAAUUAAAGUAAAAAAGGAAAAAUCAGAUGAUCAAGAAGAAGAAGAAGAAGAUGAAGAACAAGAUGUAAUGAUCAUGACAAAAUCAAGAAAACAAAGUCAAAAGAUUGAAAUGAUUACAGAAGUUAAGUCUCUAUUAGAACAUCAAUUUGGCCCAAUGCAACCAGAUUCUGAUAAUCCAUUAAUACUUUUAUUUAAUUUGGAUGAUAAAAAUGCUUCAAUUCAUUUAGAGGAUUUGACUGUUGAAUGUGCAGAUAGUGAAUUAAAACAAUAUUUAGAAAAUUCAAUCAAUCGAAUUAAACUAGCAGUACAUCCAAUUGCAUUUUCAAACAUUUCAACCCCCGAUGAUGAUAAUAAUAAUAAUAAAUCUCUCAUACCUGUUACCAGUACCGACAAUGGUAACAGUAGUACUAUUGUAAAUGGUAGUAGUUAA